AUGCCCUGGCUUUCCGCCGGAUCUCUCCAAUCUCUCCUCAAUCCCUCCUCCCCUAACGGCCUACCGGAGGACCUCAUCGCCGCCUUCCUCCGCCAUGUCCUCGAAGCUCUCGUCUACCUCCACCGCGAAGGAAUUCCUCACAUGGGCAUCAAACCAGGUAACAUUCUCAUCGAUUCUAAUGGCGUCGCUAAAUUGGCCGAUCUCUGUUUCAAUUCCUCCGUCUACGAGAGUCGCCGCCGUGAUCCUGGACCUUCGCCCCCCUUCGCCAUGGAAGUUUCUGGAACUCCUUACUGGAUUUCCCCUGAAGUUCUUAAAUCACCAACAGAAUUCCCUACCAAAUCUGAUAUCUGGUCUUUCGCCAUUGUCGCUAUGGAAUUAGCCUACGGAAGGUGUCCUGUCUCCGAAAUCCCCAAUUCCGGAUAUCUGAAAUUCAGAAUCGCCAAGAGAUUCCAGUUUUCCGAUCACUGCAGGACGCCGCCGGCGCCGGAAAUUCGCUGCCAAGAAAUGUCCGGCGAGUUCAAGAACAUGGUCGGAUUAUGCCUCGACGAAGAUCCUUCGAAAAGGCCCUCGCCGGAGCAGUUACUGUUGCAUCCAUUUUUCAAGAAAUCCAAGGGUUCCGAUUUCGUGCUCGGUUUUUUAAAGAGCUUGCCGGAGUCGGAGAAUCCGGCGAUCGCCGGAUGA